AUGGAGACCAUCAACAACGUAGCCUCGGCUGCUGCAAAGGUAAUUCUGGGUGAAGGCAAUACUAGUAAAGAACCCAUUUCUGGCGCAAAAGGAGAUGUUACUCAAGGCGAACCCUAUGACGCCGGCAACCUAGAGACGCCCGGCCAGCAACAGGUGGAAAAGCGUCUGGAGCUCGGAGAGAGUGAUCUUAAGCCCAGUGAAACAGCUGCGGUCACAACUCACCCUUCGAGUGGCGGUCCCCUUGAGGGGCAGGAGGCAGAUGGAAAGACUACCGAGAGAAAAGAGCCAAUCGAAAAGACCACCAAGGGAAAGGAGGCAAUUGAGAAGACCCCCGAAUCCGAUAAUAACCCAGACGAAUCCGACCCCCCAUCUCCAACAGGUCCGGGCCCCAGACCACUACCUGUACUAGCUAAAGAACACAACGGUGAUGCUGGUCGCAUUGAUGAUCAACAAUCCAAGGCAAAGACCGACGAAGCAGCCAAGGUAACUCCCGACGAGACCUCUGAUGCUGGAAGUAAAGCUCCUGCCCAGGAAUAUGUUAAGAGCACCGGCUUCGCCGCCGAGGGGGGGGAUUUUGAUGCCACCAAGCCUGGUGCUGGCAAGGAGGCUGACCGCCUGCUCGGAAAGGGCGGCGCUGCCCACAGCGACUCCGACCACCCUGAGAAGCAUUCGUCAAAGAGUAAACCCAGCCUAGGCGAGCGAAUCAAGGCGAAACUUCACAAGCAUUGA